CUGCACUGUUGCGGGCAACCCAUCAAUAUCUCUUGUGUUUACUCCCUGUCAUCCACGCCAUGAAGCCCGAUUUCCGCUCCCUCGUCGCGGAAGAGUCUGCAGAGCCCUUGUUAGCAGCCUCGAAAGCCGACGAAGGCUCCUCCCAACUACCUCUCUACACCUCCGACGACACCAGGCCCUCUAGGGCAUCAUGGAAGCUCAUCCUAGCUCGCUCCAUAAUCGUCGGGUGCUUCCUGGCGUUGUUUCUCACCUGCUACUGCUUUCGCUCUGGACCCAUAUUCCCUGCCUUCAAUCCCCUAUCCACUUUUGCAGAGCAAGGUGCAACUUAUCAGCUGGGCCUGGGGAUCGCUGACAUCACAGGCCCAAUCGUGGAGAUCAACAUGAUGGGCUACGCAGACCAAAACCAACUUGGAACCGGCCUGCAUAUGCGUCUUCGUGCAAGAGCGUUUGUGGUUGCCAGCGACGAUCUUCAAGAUCGAUGGGUGCUGAUCAAUGCCGAUAUUUGCAUGGGGGAUACCGCCGUAAGGCUCGGUGUUCUGGAGAAGCUAGCAGAGCUGUACUCUGGCUUGUAUACAACACAGAAUGUAGCCAUCGUUGGCACGCACUCCCACGCUGGUGUAGGCGGGUAUCUACAGAAUGUGCUCCCUCAAAUCACCUCCCGAGGCUUUGUGCGCGAGAGCUACGAUGCAAUCGUGCAGGGUAUCGUGCUCGCCGUCCAGAGGGCACACGAGUCUCUCAGGCCCGGUAACCUCGAGCUUGGGGUAACAACCCUGUUGGAUACGAAUAUCAACAGGUCGCCUUAUGCAUAUAAUGCGAACCCUGAAGAAGAGCGUGCAAGAUAUCAGUAUGAUCAAGACAAGGACUUCGUCCUUCUCCGAUUUGGGGAUGAGGAAGGGAGGGAUAGGGGUUUCGCCUCGUUCUUCUCCGUUCACGGUACUUCGCUGUAUCGGAACAACACGUUGAUAUCUGGGGAUAACAAAGGUAUGGCAGCGUACCUUUACGAGAGCUAUAUGGAGCCAGACACCCCACCCGGAAACAACACGUUCGUGGCUGGCUUCUUCCAAGCCAGUGUUGGAGAUACGAGCCCUAAUACUUUUGGAGCUUUUUGCGAGACGGGUGCCGAUGCCGGCAAACCUUGCUCAUAUAUGAACAGCACUUGUAAUGGUCAAGCGCAAGGCUGUCAGGGAAGAGGUCCUGGAUGGCAGGUUUCUGACUAUGAGAGCAAUCGGAUAAUUGGAUACAAUCAGUUCCAAGCGGCGCGAAGCGUCCUGAGCAGCCUAACACGAACCAACCUUUCUGGCAAUGUUCGUGCCGUGCACCGAUAUGUUGACAUGUCAGACUAUCAGUUCAAGCUGUCCAAUGGAUCAGACGUGUCUACUUGUCCUCCUGCCUUGGGCUAUAGCUUUGCCGGCGGUACCUCAGAUGGCGCCGGAAAGCUGGGCUUCACCCAGAACCGCAAUGGCACGGAAACGAACCCCUUCUGGCAGUAUGUGAAGGGUGCUAUCGGAGGCACCCCUACUGCCGAUCAAGCGGAUUGUCACUUCCCAAAGCCUAUCCUCUUCAACACAGGAUUUGCGCACACGCCCUAUGAUUGGUCCCCGUCGAUCGUCGACAUGCAGAUGUUCCGUAUUGGGCAGAUCAUCAUUCUGAUCGUUCCAGCGGAGUUUACGACCAUGGCUGGUCGCCGAUUGAUGGAAUCGGUCCAUAACGAGCUCUUUACGCAGGGCGUUGUUGGCGAACACUCUCGUAUUAUCCUCACUGGUCCAGCGAAUACUUAUACCCAUUAUGUCUCGACGCCGGAGGAAUACAGGAUCCAACGAUAUGAGGGCGCAUCCACGCUCUUUGGUCCAUGGACGCUGGAUGCGUAUAAGAGCAUUUUUACCUCUCUCGUAUCGUAUGUCGCCGACACAGCAAUGCCUAUCCCAGAUCCUGGUCCAUCGCCUCCCGACCUUCGAUCCCAGCAGAAGUCGUUCCAUCUACCUGUGGUGAAUGACAAUGCGCCAUCCAGCAAAUCAUUCGGGACGGUGCUGGAGGACGUGGAGCAGAAUCGAACCUAUCAUCGUGGCGAGUCCGUUUCUGCUAGGUUCCAAGCAGCCAAUCCGCGGAAUAAUCUUCGCUUAGAAGACACGUAUCUCCGUGUCGAAGUUACGGACGGAACAACGUGGAAAACUGUUCGAACAGAUUCUCACCCAUCGACCGUAUUUGAAUGGACGAGAACCUCUGUACUACUUGGAACAAGUGAGGUGAAGAUCACAUGGACGGUAGAAGAUGCCACUCCUCCGGGAGUCUAUCGCCUACGCUAUUUUGGUGACUCCAAGUCUAUUUUCGGUCGUAAUACGGUUCCCUUCGAAGGCGUCUCUUCAUCCUUCUCAGUCUCUCUCUAGCAGAGUCGGAUUUCCAUGAGGUUGCUGCAUGUAUUGUCUCAUCCUAUGCCUUGUACAGUA